AUGCUGAAGAAGGUUGAUCCUACUAAUUCUGUGUUUUUGGCAUACAAAAAAACAAUAGAUACCAUAGUUUCAUCUUAUAUUCUAUUGGAAAAGGAGAAGAAGAAAACAAGGAGAGGAAAGAAAGAUGAAUCUGGUUCUUCUAAGGAACCGGUCAAGAAAACGAAGAGACAAAAAUCUCCUAAAAAGAAAUCUGCAGAUGUUGAUGACUCUAUUCCACAAGAUGUCUCAGUUGCUGAUAAUACAAUGGUGAAAUCUAAAAAUUCGAGAAAAGUUUCACCUCAUGUUGUUCGUAAAUCACAUGUCACACAUCAAGGGGUUAUUAUCAGGGAGGUUCCAGUGCCUGUUUCUCCAUCUUCGAAGAAACGAUGGGCUGAAAACAUGGCAAAGCAUUUACAACAGAAGAAAUCCAGGAAGUUACAAAAGUUGAUUCUUGGAAAUAUUUCAACAGAUGAAGAAGAAGUCAUUCCUGACACUCCAGAAGCAAUUUUGGUUAGUGAAAAUUUGAAGGAUGAUGACAUCAAUGUAAACAUAUCUAAUACGGAUACAAAUGUCAUUAUGGGUUCAGAUAAUGCGAAGCCUGAUGAUUCUGAAAAUGCAAAGAUUGAGAGUCCAAAAACUGCGAAGGGUGAUGAUCAAGGUAUUGUUAUUCCGACUUCUGAAAUCAUUGUGUCGUUACCUCCAAUUACCUCUAACACUGAUUCACCUACUUUCGAAAACAUCAUCAAUACCGCUUUUACUUCACUCUUUUCAUCUCAAUCCACUGAUCCACCAAAAACAACCUCACCUGUUGAUGAAACAAUGGAAAAUGAAACUGAUACUAAAGGUUUUGCAGGAACCUCUGAAGCAUUACAGUUUGAUAACACAAAAGAAGAGUUUCCAGAUGACAUAUUGAUGACCAUGCAGCAAUUCAAAAUUCUAAAUUCAAAGUUGAAUUCGAUUUUGCAAACUCAGGCUGAUAUAGGGGGUGGUUCAUCCGUUUCAAUUUUGGAGGUGGAUUCUAUGUUGAAAGUCUUUGAAGGACGUGUUACAACCAAAGUUUUUGGGAUGAUAAAGGAAUCUGAAGCAAGGGUGUUGGAGAAAGUUGAUUUUAAUGAUCAAACAAAUGAUAAUAGAAUGAGUUCUCAAAGAAAGGAUUUCUUACACGAAGUGAAGGACUUGAAAGCUAUCACGGGAGAAAGGCAUGUUUUGUAUGUUCAAGAAGUAAAGAAAGUUCGUGAAGAUGUUAAUCUACAAAUUGAAGAACUUCGGGAAGAUAUGCAGAAGGAAGUUCAGGUUGUACAACUAGAUUAUGCGUCCAUCAAUCAAAAAGUUGACAUUAUCUGUAAUGCUGUCACUAGAUUUGUAAAGCUAUAUGAAACAUUGAAUCCUCAGGUCAUCAAUCUUUAUGAACAGACUGCAAAACAUUUUGAUGAACUGGUUACUUUGCUAAAGGAACUGAAGGAGUUAUUAGUCAAACCAAUUUCAUCCUCUCUCAUUACUCCGAAAUUUUUAUCCUAG